CGUCACAUCCUGGCCUGACUGUAUUUAAGGGUCUUGCGUCCGAGCGAGCGUCAGUCUGUGCCAGACAAACGCUGCUAGUACAUCCUUGUGCCUGUUGGUAAUCUCUGCAAAUAUGAGGGUUUCGGUGUCACUCAUCUUGGCUGCUAUAGUGGGCCUCGGAGCCUCUGCUACUGUGCUGAGGAAGCUGCACAACGUGGUGGAGAGACACAUCGACCUUGGCUUAAAUGCUGACGAUAGCUCAGGGAGUGAUUCUAGCAGUAACUCUGUUGAAGUGGUUAAGCGACACAUCGACCUUGGCUUAAAUGCUGACGAUAGCUCAGGGAGUGAUUCUAACAGUAACUCUGGUGAAGUGGUUAAGCGACACAUCGACCUUGGCUUAAAUGCUGACGAUAGCUCAGGGAGUGAUUCUAAUAGUAACUCUGUUGAAGUGGUUAAGCGACACAUCGACCUUGGCUUAAAUGCUGACGAUAGCUCAGGGAGUGAUUCUAACAGUAACUCUGGUGAAGUGGUUAAGCGGUAAGUGCCUCAGUCUCUCAACAUUUCCA